AUGCUGUCUGAGGAGCUGCAGCAGCCUGAACGUCGGCAGAGGAAGACCAUAACAGACUUGUACGAUGAUCUCGAGGCCCUUCAGAGUCUGCAGGAGGGGAGCCCAAUCCUCACCGAUCAGAACUUCAGAAGAAUCUCCUGGGGCCUUGCUGCCUAUACCGUGGUGCGAAUCCUCGCAAACCUCAUCGCCGUUUCUUUCUGGAGUCGCUGGGAUGUGGCCGACGAUGCUAUCCUUAGGCCUCUGAUUACUGGCUUCGGAGUUUGGUUCUUUCUACAUCGGAGGGAGCGAUUCUCACCGCGAUCGAUGCUGCACGUCUGGAGCCUCUGCACUCUCUGCUGCCUCGCCUCCUUUGUCUGUGACAAGAGCAUGAUCGCCUUUGUAACUUGGGCCUGCAGCCGCGUGGAUAUCCAAGUUAUCCAGUUCUGCUCUGGCACCAACGAAGAUUCUGGUGGGCUCGGCAAUCGUGGGACGAGCUUGACCGUCUUCCUGUGGCAGUUGCUUUGCAACGUCAUGCAGGUGCACAUGACGAACAAGAAGAUGUCUGCCCUUGACUGGUGGCACACUGCGCAGUGCUGCAAAGGGCUGAUCACCAUCGGACUGGCAUCCUCGGUAUUCCUGGUCGUAAGGCGGCUCCUCUUCGUUGAAAGCAAGGCCCUCUACCAAAAGUACCGGGUGACGCUUCGGAUCAAGGACAUGGCCGCCAAAGCGGGGCUCCACAUUGGGUUGCCCAAUGUUCCAGACGAUGCCGACUUGGACCUCGACGAGGGCGGGGACCGGGUCAAGAGUCGGGGCGACGCUCAUGAGGACAGUCCUGCGAAACGCAGCAAGGGGGCACCGGCUGCGGAGGCGGGUGGAGUUACCAUGGACGCUAUCAAGGGGUUGCUGGCCUCCGCCCUGCAGGAGCAGAGCUUUAGCUUGCUGCAGGCACAGCAGGCGCAAAUCAACUCCUCCUUGACCGCCUUUGAGGAGCGACAGUCGGCCAGACUCGUGGGGCUGGAGACAUCCGUCCAGCAACAGGGUGAGGAAGUCCGUGGGGUACAAGGGCAACUCCAGGAGCUUGCCCAAAGGGUUACUCAGCUUGAAUCCGGAGUUGGGGAGCAGGCAGGGCGUGCAGGACCAGAUAGGAAGCACACCCUGGUCUUCGGCGGCUGGGGGGCCAACACUCGCAAAUCAGUGCUUCUACACCAACUACAGCAGGCGCUCUCCGGGCUCAAGCUGCUGCCCUUGCUCGAUGCGGAGCCGUUCUGCACAGGGGCCAGGAGAUCCGUGGCGCUUUGCCCCUUCAAACGCCGGGCACAUGAGGCGGAAUCAGACACCAGAGCGCGCAUGCUUGAGAUCAUCCAGGUUGUCGGAGCCAGCAAGGUUGAGAUUGAAGGUGCAGUCCGUCCACUCUGGGCUUCGUUCAGUAAGUCCCCCGAAGAGCGCGGCCGAGCCGCACUCGCGGCCGUCGUGCGCAAGGUGGUCCAGCGUUGUGCCCCUCAUCGCAUGUUGGACCUGGACGUGGAAUACCCGUCGGGAAGGACGUGGAUGAAGGAGGACCAACUGUCGGGCAUGGGGGCCGCUCCGGAUGAGGUGAGGAACGCCAAAGUGGUCCAGACGAAGGCAGGGGCCGGCUGGUUGGAUGAGCGCACCUUGGCGCGGUGGGUGGAGACCGACAUCGAGGCCGUCCGCGCGCAUGGUGACGUUUGUGCUGAUCUCAUGGGUGAGUCCCUCCGAGACCCAAGUGAUGCUGCGCUGUCAGCUUCGGGCCCAGGGCCGUGCAGUCAGCUGGCUGGUCAGGUUCAGUCCGGUGAGCGAUUGCCUAUCCUUGGCUGGAACGUCGGCGGUGCAGAUCUCUUUGCCCUGCCAAAGGCAGUGCGUGAUGUCCUUGGACGAACCUUCCAAAAAGAUGAGCUUGUGGUAUUGCAAGAAGUUCCUAGGGUCAAAGCAGGGUGGAGUUUCCAGGAGGUCGCAGGUCGUCGUGUUGUCUCGCACCAGGCUGCAGAUCAGUGGAGGGGUACCGGCCUGUGGUACGACACGAAGGAAUGGUGUAUCCUACGGAAGCUGGGGACCAAAAAGGGCACAUGGCUCAAGCUCAGGCGGCUGCAAGGGGGCGAGGAAUUGUGGUUGGGUACAUGCCAUCUCUCACCGGGUACCUCCGUUGCACAGUUCGAAAUUGAAGCACAAGAUCACUUUGAAAGUCUGCCGGUGAAUGCUCGCACGGUCGUUUUUCAGGGGGAUGUCAACACGGGGUUUACAUGGGCAGAAGACAGAGAUGGGGUGGAUGCAGUUGCCAAAGAGGGUAAAGGGCACAUCUUGCACAAGAUCCUCAUGGAGAGAGGCCUCAAGCUCGGGGUCCCGCAGCCAGACCAGUUCCUCACGCCAACCAGCAGACCGAGAGACAGUAAACGGCAAGGGCAGUGCGUUGACGUCAUGUCUUUCAAGGGUAUCCGUUUUCAGUCCUGGCACAUACACGUCGACUCCCAUAUGAAGGUGGGCACAGACCAUGAGAUGUGCGAGUCUGUGUUCAAAGUUCGAAUCCAGAGAGAACAUCCCAGACACGAGACAUGUCCCCGAGAAUGGACUGGAGGGUUGGAGUCUGUAGAGCACCUGGACCAAGAGGCGGUUGAGGCGAUGGCGAAGGCACACACGCGUCCAAAAGGGGGGCACGGCUACAAGGACCCUGACGAGGUCAAGCAAGCGUUCAAGACAGCUAAACGUUCGGGGACGGCAGCCUCUUGGAAAGCAGCUCUCAAGAAACGCAAAGAGGCUCGCAAGGCAUGGGAGUGGGAGAGACUCGUCCGCGCCAGCGAAGGGGAGUGGCACUCGUUCAAGGCGCUCAAGCCCCGCAGGCAGGAGGGAUGGGAUGUCACCUUUGCGGAGGCACAGGUUGGUGACCCCCACGAGGUGAUCCACAAACACCUUAGCGAGGUUUACAAAGGGCCUGAGUUACCGGCAGCGGAGACAUGGACAGGGGACAUCAGGGUUUUCACUGUGGAGGAGCUGAGGGUAGGUGUGUCGCAGAUGAAGCGAGGGAAAGCAGUUGGGUCUGAUCUUACGUCCACGGAGCUGGUCCUAGGGCUGAUGUCUACCCCCGGCGGUGAAGAACACUUACUUCAGUGGUACAACAGGAUUUUGGUCACUCAGCAAAUACCCGCCAAAUGGAACGAGCCAGUGUUGGUCAUGCUCCCCAAGAUACGGGCACCCCGGAAAGCCAAAGAGCUGAGGCCUAUCGCUAUGGGGUCCGCGGUCUCCAAACUUUUCAGCCGGCUCCUGCUCAACCGAGCCCUCCCGCAUAUUGCCCCUCAGACAUAUGCUCAAUGCUCUGGUGCAGGAAGACAGACUGCCGAUUUCCUCUUCACGGCCAUCCGGUUGUUUGAAUUGGCACGUGAAUGGGGCAAUCCGUUGGUUGUCUUUAAGCUCGACUUAGAGAAAGCCUUCGACAAUUUGGAGAGAGGGGUUCUCCUUGCCAAACUGGAGUCGAAGUUGGGUCAGGGGGCCGAACUGAAUUGUUGGAGAGGGCUACUUCGAGGAACGGUGGGGCUGCUCCAGACCCCUUGGAGUUCGUCUAGGGUCGCAAUGGAUCGCGGAAUAAAGCAGGGGGCGGUCGAGUCUCCUACCUUUUUCGCCUACAUCGCUGAGCUCGCCUUGGCAGACACGAUAGAGACCCACGGGUGGAGACACAUGCCGGCCCUGUACCCGGGGCUCCCCCCGGAAGAAAUGCUCUACAUGGACGACGGCCUGUUGUGGAAUGGCCUUCCCCAAGUCGUCCAAGCUCGUGCUCAGACUCUGUCCACUCAGCUCAGCAAGUACGGCCUCAAGUUGAACCCCCUAAAGUGUCAACUGUAUGCUUCCACCAAGGUGACUGAGCGGCGCUUCAUUGUUCUAGAUGGGGUUACGAUCACUGCCCAGGCUCAGCUCGAGGUCAUGGGCAUCACACUUCGGGUGGGGAUGUCGAUCUAUGAGUUGGUGGCACCCACAGCAUCCAGGGCUAGGGCGAAAUUCUGGGAACUCCGGCAUAUCUUCAGGGCUCGGGGGAACAUGAAGCAGAGGGCUAGGGUUAUGGAGCGCGUGAUUGGUGCCACGGCGCUCUGGUUCAUCUGCGCGGUACCUCCAGACAAAUCGGCCAUGACUGCGCUGAACGCCACACAAUUGCAGUUGAUGGUGUGGCUUCUCCGCUUUGCCAAAACGAGUACCGAGACAUGGGAGGAUUUCCGUAAGCGAGCCUUCAGGGGUGCGAGGUCAGCCCUACACUCGGCAGGGGUGGAAAGGUGGAGCACAUUGUGGCUGCGCAGGUACUGGCGGUACGCGGGUCAUAGAGUUCGAGCCUCCCUUUCUCCGGUCCCGCCGAUAAGUACUGAGGUGGAGUUCUUCCGAACCCUGUCAUGGUGGCGGUGGCAACAGAAGCGCAAGAAACAGCAUGCUGUCCUACACAAGGGGCACCACUAUGCCCGGUUAACGGUGCUGGAGCAGAGUCUUGACUCCGUGGCGGGCUCGCCCUGGAGGGACCUGGCAUACGAUCGGAGGGCAUGGGCACAUCGGGAGAACGCUUGGGUGGCACACAUGGACGUUCCGUGGUCAUCGGGUCGACAGUUGUCCAUUGCAGACCUGUAG